UGCUAUUUCUGGCAUUUUUUCUCUUUCUCUGCUGAUUAUGCAGCAGAAUCGCACAGAGGCUGUCGCAGGCGCGUUCUCUCACUGCCUGGGCUUCUGUGGAAGGAGAGUCGGGCUCCUUCUCUUUGGAAGACGCUGGUGCAUUGCAGGUGUGUUUCUGCAGAAGUUUGAUGGUGACAGUGCCUACGUGGGGAUGAGUGACGGAAACCCAGAGCUCCUAUCAACUGGCCAGACCUAUAACAGCCAGAGCGAAAGCAACGAAGACUAUGAGAUCCCCCCGAUAACACCUCCCAACCUCCCGGAGCCAUCCCUGUUGCACCUGGGAGACCACGAAGCUAGCUACCACUCUCUGUGCCACGGCCUUGCACCCAACAGUCUGCUCCCUGCCUACCCCUACCAAGCCAUGGACCUCCCAGCCAUCAUGGUGUCCAACAUGCUGGCCCAGGACGGCCACCUGCUGUCAAGCCAGCUGCCCACGAUCCAGGAGAUGGUUCACUCAGAGGUUGCUGCCUACGACUCGGGUCGGCCAGGGCCCCUGUUGGGACGCCCAGCGAUGCUGGCCAGCCACAUGAGUGCCCUCAGCCAAUCCCAGCUCAUCUCCCAGAUGGGGAUCCGAAGUGGCAUUGCCCACAGCUCCCCGUCACCCCCAGGGAGCAAAUCCGCUACCCCCUCACCCUCCAGUUCGACUCAGGAGGAGGACUCGGAAGCCCAUUUCAAGAUCUCGGGAGAGAAGAGACCCUCAGCCGACCCAGGAAAAAAGGCCAAGAACCCGAAGAAGAAGAAGAAGAAGGACCCCAACGAACCACAGAAGCCCGUGUCGGCCUAUGCACUCUUCUUCAGAGACACUCAGGCUGCCAUCAAGGGGCAGAACCCCAGCGCCACCUUCGGAGAUGUUUCCAAAAUCGUGGCCUCCAUGUGGGACAGUUUGGGAGAGGAGCAGAAGCAGGCCUACAAGAGGAAGACCGAAGCGGCAAAGAAGGAGUAUCUGAAAGCUCUGGCAGCCUACAGGGCUAGCCUCGUCUCUAAGAGCCCCCCGGACCAAGGCGAGACCAAGAGCACUCAGGUGAAUCCGCCAGCCAAAAUGCUCCCGCCCAAGCAGCCCAUGUACGCCAUGCCCGGCCUGGCCUCCUUCCUGACGCCCUCUGACCUGCAGGCCUUCCGCAGCGGGGCCUCCCCCGCCAGCCUCGCCCGGACGCUGGGCUCCAAGUCGCUGCUGUCAGGCCUCAGCGCGUCCUCACCGCCACCGCCCUCCUUCCCCCUCAGCCCCUCGCUGCACCAGCAGCUGCCACUGCCCCCUCAUGCACAGGGCGCCCUCCUCAGCUCACCUGUCAGUAUUAUGUCCCCGGCCCCCCAGCCUCCUGUCCUGCCCGCCCCCAUGGCACUCCAGGUGCAGCUGGCGAUGAGCCCCUCGCCUCCAGGCCCACAGGAUUUCCCCCACAUCUCUGAGUUCCCCAGUGGCUCAGGGUCACGCUCACCUGGCCCAUCCAACCCUGCGGGCAGUGGGGACUGGGACGGCAGCUACCCCAGCGGGGAGUGUGGCGUCAGCACUUGCAGACUCCGCAGACGCAGCCCACCGCCCGCCGCCAGCCCAAAGAACCUGCAGGAAUCCUCUGCCCGCUCACCUGCUUGCUCCAGGGUAGCUGUGGACCCUGCUCCUCGCCUGCACACAACACCCUCUGUCUGGAUGUUGGGCCCCCGCUCAGUGAGCCCUGCAGGGGUCGUUUGCCGACAGAAACCUGCCCCAGCUGCUUGGCCAGGCACCAGCCCAGCCACAGGUGUGCAAAUACGGUUUUGCAGUGUGCCCACGAGAUUCCGAAAUCUACAAACUGCGGGUGCCGUGUACAUAGUCGACUAAGUGUUUUAGGACUGUGCCGAAGACAUCUGUGAGAUUAUUUUGUGUGUGGGGGGGAGUAGUUUCCUUUAAGGUAAAAAGCAUUUUAUAUGACCCUUAGCACAUUUUUUUAAGUUUUAUCUUAAGGGAGACAUGUGCACAAGCAGCCGACAAACCGCUUCUUCAUCUGCGCAGCGAGAACCGGGCAGUUUACAGCCACACUCAGAGGCAUUGCUCUUUAUUAUUUUUUUAAACCCUGUGUGUGUCCAUCUAUUUAAAAUUGCCAACAAUGAUUUUCGUCUAUUUAUGAAGAAAACUUGAGAACAGAGUUGCAGUUUAUCUAAUGUGUGCGUGGUUUGGGGUUUGGUUCUUGACAUUAUUCGCAGCUGUUUUCUGGCCCAGCAAUUGUCCGUCUUGGUGCCCAGUGCUUCUCUCAGAUCUCUUUAUAAUAAAAUGUCCUGAAA